CAAAAAUAAGAUAACAAGAAAAAUAAUAAAAAACUGUCGAUAAAAUAGAGAGAGGGUGGGUAACAGAAAGAGGGUUCAAUUUUAUGCCGCAUAAAUCGUCGCUCUUUCUCUUUGUCGCUUUUGUCUAAUAGGAAGAAAAGCUUUCUGUCUUGCUCAAAAACUCUCUCUUUCUUUGUUGAUUGAUAUUUUUUUCUUUGAAAGAGAGGGCCAAAAAAACUAUAGCCAAAAGGCCACGAAAAGCAUGACGAGCUCCUCCGCCUCCACUCGCAAGGCGCUGAGUAAGAUAGCGUGCAAUCGGCUGCAGAAAGAGCUGGUAGAGUGGCAGGUCAACCCUCCUUCCGGUUUCAAACACAAAGUCACCGAUAAUCUCCAAAGGUGGGUAAUUGAAGUAAAUGGAGCUCCAGGAACUUUAUACGCCAAUGAAACCUAUCAACUUCAGGUGGAUUUCCCUGAACAUUACCCCAUGGAAGCCCCCCAGGUGAUAUUCCUUAAUCCGGCACCUCUGCAUCCGCAUAUUUAUAGCAAUGGCCAUAUUUGUUUAGAUAUCUUGUAUGAUUCAUGGUCCCCAGCCAUGACAGUUAGUUCUAUCUGUAUCAGCAUUCUCUCCAUGCUAUCGAGCUCAACUGUGAAGCAAUGUCCUGAAGACAACGAUCGCUAUGUAAAGAACUGUAGAAAUGGCCGGUCGCCCAAGCAGACCAGGUGGUGGUUCCACGAUGACAAAGUUUAAUUGCAAGAGUAUCUCCCUGCAUCGAUUAUUCGAUAAGAACUAGAGUAGACAAACUGCUUCCUCUUUUAAGGAAAACGGAAACAAAAGGAGAAAGCAUUUUCCCAAUCAAAGUUAAAUGCUUAAUAACUUCUGUAAAUGCUUAUGCUGGUAUUUGGUAAGGAAAGAGAAAAGUCGGUCUUUCUUUGGCAAUGGUGUUUAACCUGUGUGAGAGAUGCUUGGUGCCUUGUAAGCACAUGAAUGAGAAACUCUCUAUCUUUCUGAAACUAUUUUCUGAACUUCCUGAGUUUUAUAAUUAUAACUUGGCAGCAGAUGAGACUGAUGGUUCAUCCAAAGGCGAAACUUGAGUCUUGUUUUAGAGCCUUAUGUAUGCUGGAUCACUUUCAUUAAGUAACUUUGCAUUUUAUUUGAAAAAGAAAAAAAAAAAGGUAACGGUGGUUUCCAGUUACUUUGAUAAAUGUGAUUGUGAUCAUGCAAACAUUUUCCACAAAUACAAUUAUGCAAAGUGGAACAGCAAA